UACGUAACAGUAGCAACACUUGAUAAAGAAGAUGAAGAAAUUAUAUAUGAUGACGAAUCUGCUAAUAACCAUUAUAAAACUGAAAAUAAUAAUAGUUCAUCAAACUCUGAUUUUCAACGCUAUAUAAUAAGAAAAUUGACAGAUAGAGGAUUCAAAUUAUCUUCACUAGAAGAACAAGAAAGACUUUUAAACAAUAGAAUUGAUAUUAUGUUACGUAAACUUGAAAAAUGUUUUUCAUGUGAAGAAAUUUUGGACAAACAAAUUGCAAAAGAAUCUUUAAUGGAUAAUUUUUCUAUUGACAAUAUUGAGGAUCUGGAAAAAUUCAAAAAAUCGUUAAAUGAUAAUAUUAUUAGCCGCAAAGAAUUGAUUAAGCAGCUAUCAUCUAUUGGAGGAAAUAGUGUCAAAGGAAUCACUUUUAAUCUUUUACGAGUGUUAAUGUCAGAUAAGGUAGCUUCUACAUUUAGUUAUGUUGGAGGAAAAAAAAACGGAUAUUUUAUGAUUUACAACUACGAAAAAUUAUAUUUAGCGUUGUACGACUUCGAUUUGCGGAAGCAACUGAACAUUGCAUUUCCGAACCAAUCAAAUCUUGGUUACGACAUGCGAAUGAGCGUUACCUAAAGAAAAAUAAAAUGGAUAACACAAAUGCAUAAAUGCAACUAUCAUUUGCAUCACGAGCAAAAUAGUUACAAAUGUUGAUAUCUGACAACAAUAAAAAAUAUUUUAUAUAGAGUAACACACGCAUAUAUCAGAAUAAUUUGCCUCCAGAGUUACAUUUUUCAUUUAUUUUUUUAAAAAUGAAAUACAAUUCAUUAUU